AUGGCUUUCGAUCUUCCCAACGUGACACCCUCCUCGCAGAAAGAGUCAUGUGAAACUACGCCGUACGACUCUUCAUCAUUGACGGAAGACAUAGCCAACAACAAUGCCAACGGUGGAAAGAAAUGCACCCUCCCAAGUCAAGAUGCAAACACCAUUAGAGAACCGAAAUCUCAAACAUUGGGAAACAAUGACCCAGAAAACGGACAAUUACCUGCCCUCGGCGCCACCGUUUCGCGAGCAACAACUGUAUCGAAAAAGAGAGCAUACACUUUCAUGAUACUAAUUGUCCUCACGCAAGCGGUACAAAUGUUUGCGUAUGGUGCUGGUAUCAUUGGGGCAUUCACGGUUGGACAUGCGAUUGGGGCAUCAGACCUCCAGUCUACGUGGAUUGCGGCAGCAUAUCCUCUUACACAAGGCUCAUUCGUCCUAAUCAGUGGCCGACUGGGUACCGUCUUUGGUCAUAAGAAAAUGCUGACGCUUGGAGCGUCCAUCUGGAUCUUUUGGACGUUAGCUACGGCGUAUGGAACCAACAUUGUCGGCAUCAGCAUCAUGAGAGCGCUUGCGGGGAUAGGAGGCGGUCUUCUCGUUCCCAAUGCUGUAGCUCUUUUAACAAUCACAUUCCCUCCUGGCCGACAACGAAACUUGGCACUUGCGCUCUUUGCUUCUAUGGGACCGGUUGGCGGCGCUGGUGGAUGCGUGUUCAACGGCUUCUUCCUUCAGUGGACAGACUGGACAUGGCUCUUCUUCUUCUUGGCUGUCCUAGGGGCUGUAGUUUAUGGAGCAGCAAUCAUUGCCGUACCAGAUGACGAGCGAUUAGAUCCCGAGGGGAAGAUUGAUUGGAUAGGUUCAUAUCUCGGUGUCGCCGGACUGGUGUUGUUCAAUUUUGUCUGGAACCAGGCCCCCAUAGUUGGCUGGAAGAAUCCCUAUGAAUACAUACUCCUCAUCGUCGCCAUCGGUCACUUUGCAGUGUUCUUAAUUUGGGAAUCAAAGUGGGCAGUCAGUCCAAUCAUCCCAUUCGAGAUCUGGAAAGUGCCAUCCUUUGGUGCGCUGAUCCUCGUGUGUUUCUUCGUCUUUAUGAGUCUAGGUAUAUACAUCUGGUAUGUCACUGUCUUCUUGGCGAAGUUGCGGAAUUGGGAUCCCGUCUUGCUGGGAUGUUCAUUCUUGCCAAUGGCCGUCAGCGGUACCGGCGCCGCCUUCUUUGCAGCAUGGGUUGUACGCAAACUGCCAGCAGAAAUGGUUGUGUGUAUCGGCGCCUUGGGUGCGGUGGUGAUGAAUAUCCUUAUUGCAACGAUGCCGGUUCAUCAAACCUUCUGGGCGAUGGUAUUUCCCGCCAUGAUCUUGGCAGGAUGUACAGGAGACAUGGUCUUUGCUGCUGGCCAAAUCAUCGCCAGCAGCAUCGUGACGAGGAAGCAUCAGGGAACAGCGGGAUCCCUGAUAGGAACUCUCUUUACGUACGGACUAAGCACGGGCUUAGGAUUUGCCGGAACGGUUGAGAUUUACAUAAACAAGGAUGGAACAGAUCUACUGGGCGGUUAUCGAGGCGCGGCUUACUUGGGAAUAGGAUUUGCAGGGGCAGCCAUAAUCUUAACUCUUCUAUUUGUGAGAAUGAAGAAGAAUACGGUCGAGGGCUGGCAAGGAGAAGAUGCUGAGACUGCCGAACCGAGUGGGUGA